AUGAGAGUCAUCAACACCAUUGCUGUGUUUGCAGCAGGUGCCAAUGCUUUUGAGUGGACAUGGCCCAAGCUCUCCAACGACCCUCAGUUCCCUCCUAAUGGUUACAACUAUCCGACCCAAGGACCCGUAGCCAACUCGACUUACGAGUACAUUGUCGUUGGAUCUGGUCCUGGCGGUUCUCCCCUUGCGGCUCGUCUUGCUCUUGCUGGCCAUAGCGUCUUGCUUAUCGAUGCAGGCGAGGAUCACGGUACCGAUAGACAAGUCCAAGUCCCAGCUUUGCACCCCUACGCCAGCACCUACCACCCCAUUCAAUGGGAUUUCUUCGUCGAUCACUACGCAGAUGAAGAGCAAGCGAAGCGCGACUCGAAGAUGACCUAUCUUACACCCUCGGGUGAGUACUACUCUGGUCUCAACCCUCCCGAGGGUUCGGUGAGAAAAGGUAUCCUCUAUCCCAGGACUGGAGCUCUUGGUGGUUGCGCCCAGCACAACGCCUUAGUCACUAUCCUUCCCACCGAGAAGGACUGGAAUGACAUUGCCACCUUGACCGGAGACCAGUCGUGGAUUGCCAGUAAUAUGCGCAAGUACUUCGAGAGGCUUGAACGCAACCGUUACUUGCCUAGUAGUAUUGUUGGUCACGGCUACAGCGGUUGGUUGGAGACUCGUGUCACCCCAGUCCUCCUCAUCGCCGAGGACCUGAAGGUUCUGUCGCUUGUCACUGCUGCUGCUACCGCCAUGGGCAGAGGUUUGAUUGGCGGUCUUUUGCACACCGUCACUGGUCUUGCCGAGAUUCUGACUCUCGACAUCAACAAUCCCAGCAAGUCCCGCGACAACGAUGAGCUCAUCUACCAGAUUCCCCUUUCCAUGGACGGAGACUAUGUUCGCAGUUCCCCUCGCGACUUUGUCCUCCAGGUCGCCGGAGCCACCAACAAGGACGGCUCCAAGAAGUACAAGCUCGACAUUGCCCUCAACACCCUGGUCACCAAGGUCAACUUCGACACCUCCAACACCAAACCUAAGGCCACCGGUGUCAACUACCUCUUUGGCCAAAGCUUGUACCGUGCUGAUCCUCGCGCCGGCACUGAAGACACCGGCAUUUCUGGUUCGGUUCACGCUAGUCGUGAGGUCAUUGUUUCUGGUGGUGCUUUCAACACUCCUCAGAUUCUGAAGCUUAGCGGUGUUGGACCUGCUCAGGAACUUCACUCCCAUGACAUUGACGUCGUUGUGGACCUUCCCGGUGUCGGCGGCAACAUGCAGGACAGAUACGAGGUCGGUGUCGUCGGCAAGGCCCCGACUGAAUUCUCUUUGCUCAAGAAGUGCACAUUCCUUGAGGGUGAUGAUCCUUGCUACAGGAACUGGAAGAACAACGUCGGUGCUCUCAAGGGAGGCUACACCACUAACGGUAUUGCCUUUGGCUUCCUUCACCACUCGUCGGUUUCUGAGAGCGAUCCUGAUCUUUUCCUCGGUGGUGUCCCUGCCUACUUCAACGGCUACUUCCCUGGUUACUCUGCUCACGCUACUCAGGAUCUCAGCAUCUGGACCUGGCUCACACUCAAGGCUCACUCUCGCAACAAUGCUGGUACCGUCAACUUGACUUCAGCCAACCCUCGCGACACUCCCAAAAUUGUCUUCCACUCCCUCGGCGAGGGCGUCGGUGGCGACAAGGAUCUUCAAGCUGUCUACGAAGGUGUUACGCACGGUAUCACGGCCUUCAACGAUCUUAUUCCUCUUGAUGGCAAAUUCGAGCGUGUCUGGCCUCCCACCAACGUCUCUUCCGAGGAGGACCUGAAGCAGUUCAUCAAGGACGAGGCUUGGGGCCAUCACGCCUCUUGCACUGCUCCUAUCGGUGCUGACGACGAUCCGAUGGCUGUUCUUGACAGCCAAUUCCGCGUUCGCGGUGUUGAUGGUCUCCGCGUUGUGGAUGCUUCCAUCUUCCCCAAGAUCCCCGGCAUGUACAUCGCUCUUCCCAUUUACAUGGUCAGUGAGAAGGCAGCAGAUGUCAUCAUCGCAGCUGCUGCUUCGUCGUGA